CCUGAUGCAGACAGCUGUACCCUCAGAUCAGCCGCUGACAUGGCUGGACAAGUCAAGGCUCUUGUAGCUGCGAAGUGGUUAGCCGAGGCAGUCAAAAACAACCAAGUAGGGCCAAGCCUGCGGAUUCUGGACGCCUCCUGGUACCUGCCGAAACUGAACCGCAAUGCACAGGAAGAGUUCAGGCAGCGCCACAUCCCCGGAGCCUCGUUCUUCGACAUCGACGACUGCUGCGAUAAAUCGUCUCCGUUUGACCACAUGCUGCCCGCCGCGAGCGAGUUCGCGGACUAUGUAGGGGAUCUGGGGAUCGGGAAUCAGACUCACGUCGUCGUUUACGAUGGCAGCGACUUCGGCUCGUUCUCGGCGCCCCGGGUGUGGUGGAUGUUCAGGCUGUUCGGUCAUAACUCCGUAUCCGUCUUGAACGGUGGGCUCAAAACCUGGCUGCGGGAGGGUCACCCCACCGCCGACCGGUACACCAAACCGGAGAGGAGCGAGUUUAAGGCACAGAUAAACUCCUCCUGGGUGAAAACAUAUGAAGACGUUCUGGAGAACCUGGCCAGCAAGAAGGUUCAGCUCGUGGACGCCAGAGUGGAGGGGCGGUUUCGCGGGCUCGAACCGGAACCGAGAGAAGAUACUGAACCUGGCCAUAUCCCUGGUGCCAUUAACAUGCCGUUCCCCUCCUUCAUGGACCCGUCUGGACUCGAACUGCCGGUGGAGGAGCUGACCAAGCUGUUUGAGCAGGCAGGUGUUCACCUGCAGAAACCCUUCUGGGUCAGCUGUGGCUCAGGUGUGACCGCCUGCCACAUCACCCUCGCUGCCUACCUUUGUGGACAUCAGGAUGUCUGUCUGUAUGAUGGGUCGUGGUCUGAGUGGUUUGCCAAGGCUGCACCUGAACAUGUCAUUUCUGAGGGUAAAGGCAAACAGGUGUGAGAGCGCCUGUUUUGGAUGGGGGGAAAAAGCCUCUUGUAGGCUUUGACAAUUAAAGAAUUACUUUUAAAAUAAUUUGAGUAGGGUUGGGCAGCAUAGCAAUAAUAAAGUACAACAUUACUGUAGACUUUUAAAAUUCAAAACACCAAACACAAAGGAACAGAUUCAGUUUUCUGUUACUCCAACACCAUUCAUUUGGCAUUUCAUCGCUGUCCAAUGAAAAACAUGCAUCUCCUUUUUUUUUUUUUGCGAUUUUUACUUUUAUGCUUCAUUUGACCUGCGAUCCUGAGGGAGAAGCGGCUUAGAAAGUGUGUGUGUGUGUGUGUGCUUCAUUUGAGCUCAGCAGCUGUUCUUAACAUCAUGUGAAAAUUUCAUGAUGAUUGGACCAGUAAAAAUGCUACAACAUUGCCUAGAAUAAAACCUCUUUCUAUUAACUUGCAUUGAAAGCAAUGAAUGUUUAUGCCCUUUCCUGUAUAUACACACACAUCUUCCUAGCCGCUUCUCCUUCUGGGUCGCGGGGGUGAUGGAGCCUAUCCCAGCGGUCAUCGGGCGGAAGGCAGGAUACACCCUGGACAGGUCACCAGUCCAUCGCAGGGC